CUUACAUACCCAUACAAAAAUAAAAUAAAAUAAUUCAAAAGCUUAUAUAAUGGUCUCUAAUACUUGUAUUCAAUCCAUUUCCCGUCAAGACACAUUAAGGAGAUCAUCCGGAGAACCUUUGACGAAUAAAGAUCCGAUCCGACUGAGACAUGAAGCAUUUGUCAAGAACCUGCAGAACUCGAUUGUCAAGGCCAUUGAACAAGUCGACGGUGGUAAGUUUGAGCGGACAAGCUGGCAAAGAGCCGAGCACGGUGGCGAAGGAAUCACUUGCGUUCUGCAGGACGGUGCAGUGAUCGAAAAGGCCGGUGUGGCAGUCUCGGUGGUCUACAGUGAGCUAUCCGAUACAGCCAUCCAGCAGAUGCGCCAGGACCGAGGCAAGUCGCUCGAAGGCCAGGGUCCCUUUCCUUACUUUGUCACCGGCAUUUCGCUUGUCAUGCACGGCAAGAACCCACACUGCCCAACCGUGCACAUGAACUACCGCUACUUUGAGGUCAUGAAUCCCGACGGCUCAACAAAGCUCUGGUGGUUCGGCGGCGGCGCAGACCUGACACCCGUCUAUCUCUAUGAAGAAGAUGCUGUCCAUUUCCAUGCCGUCCACAAGGCCGCCUGCGACAAACACGAUCUGGCUUACUACCCCAAGUUCAAGCCCUGGUGCGACACAUACUUCAAGAACGCUCACCGGGGAGAAGGCCGUGGAGUCGGUGGCAUCUUCUUUGACGACCUGGCCGACAAGCCCGCCGAACAGAUCUUUGCGUUUGUGCAGGACUGUGGCAAUUCGUUUGUGGACGCAUAUGUGCCGAUCCUAAAGAAACGCAAAGACCAUGCCUACGAUGAUGAGCAGGUCAGGUGGCAGCAGAUCAGAAGAGGCCGGUAUGUCGAGUUCAACUUGAUUUGGGACAGAGGCACUCGGUUUGGACUCCACACACCCUGUGCUCGCGUGGAGUCUAUUCUGAUGACCCUGCCACUGACAGUGCGGUGGGAGUACAUGCAUGAGCCCAAGGAAGGUUCAAUAGAAGCUCGGUUGGAACAGGUCUUGAAGACCCCUGUGGACUGGAUUCCCUUGAAAUAAAUAUAUAUAUAUGUAUAUAUGUAUAUUUAUUUUACUUAUCAAUGUAUUCAAUGCAUUCAAUGUAUUCAAUCUAUUUAUUCAUUUAUUUAAAAGUCAUCUAUAUUUUCUUUCUUCAUUAUAAUCAUUACCACUACUACUAUCACUACUACUAUUAACAAAACAAAACAAAAACAAAUAAAAUGGAAUACAAUUACAAAGUACAAUUACAAUUACAAAACAUAACAAUUACAUCAAAUACAAAUACAAAUACAAAUACAAAUACAAAAUCAAACU